UACUCUUUACAACCUGUACACCUUUUGAAAUAGAGAAAAAAUCGGAUGAAGUUUCUGUUGAUGUGUGUGACUCAACCUCCGGCCAAAAGUAAUAUUUAAGUUAGAUAAGAAAACGCCCAUUUGGAUCUAUAUAGCUACAAUAUUCUUAAGACAAUAUUCACUUUACAAACUCUCUAUGAUGCAGGCAAUAAAAUGCGUUGUGGUUGGCGAUGGUGCGGUUGGUAAAACCUGCCUCCUAAUCAGCUACACAACGAAUGCAUUCCCUGGCGAAUAUAUACCAACAGUUUUUGAUAACUAUUCAGCAAAUGUAAUGGUUGAUGGUAAACCAGUGAAUCUAGGAUUAUGGGAUACUGCCGGUCAAGAAGAUUACGACAGAUUGCGCCCUCUAUCUUACCCUCAAACUGAUGUUUUUCUUAUCUGCUUUUCACUCAUUAGUCCAGCCUCAUUUGAAAAUGUCCGAGCCAAGUGGUAUCCUGAGGUCAGGCAUCAUUGCCCACAGACACCAAUUAUUCUUGUCGGUACAAAGCUUGAUCUCCGAGAUGACAAAGACACGUUGGAGAGGUUACGAGAGAGAAAUCUACAACCUAUUACAUUUCCACAGGGUUUGCAAAUGGCCAAAGAGAUAACCGCCAUGAAGUACCUUGAAUGUUCAGCGCUGACACAAAAAGGUCUGAAGACCGUGUUCGAUGAAGCAAUUCGUGCCGUCCUAUGCCCCCCUAAGAUGCCGAAGAAAAAGAGUCCAAAGUGUCAUCUAUUGUGAAUUAUCACAUGUCAUGUUCUCAUCUACUGAUAAUCGAAAUGCAGAGAAGAAACAGACUGGGUUUUUUCUUCCAUACUCCUACAAAUAAUUUAAUAGCCAAUCAUACACCAAGUACCAGGUCAUAUGUCAUCAGAGAAAACUCUCAAAAACUAAAUACGAAAUAGCAUUAUGCUGAAGAGUGUACGUUCUGGUUUUUAAUGAUCUUGGUGUAUGCAGUAUACUCCCAAAUUGUGAUGUUAAAAAUUAAUACCUCGAUGAUUGACCAAGUUCCUUGUUUAGGUAUCAUAAAACUUGUAUGCAUACUGUAAUAUAUUCUGUAUUGGCUUAUUUUUAUUUUCAUUAUUGUAGUUAAAAAUUUAUUAUUAUACAUCUUGCUAAUUAAAAACUGGAAUUUUACAGCCAAAGGUUUGAUUAAUGAUAUGCUGCUGUUUAAAAUUAUCAUUGGGUUUUGAUAUUAAGGUUCAAAUGGUUUGGGAAGUGAUUAGGUGAUACCUAUGCCGAAUUUAUAGAGAACUUAAAGGUUCAUCAACGUCCAUCAGUACCUUAAAUGGAAGCAGGUUUAGAUCAAACCCCUGUACUUAAAGUGAGUAUUGUCUCACACUUAAGGUUGAGCUUAGCCCUAUGAACUGGUGCUGUUGUGUAGAAAGUAAUGUACAAGUUGUAAUAAAAGAAGGUUUAUGGCCUGGAUAAACACUAUAAGACCCCUGUUACAUUAGGUUUCAUACUAAUUAUCAAGCUAGGCUUAGGAAAACAAAUCAUGGUGUAGAUAUUGGUUUGAUUUGGCCUGACGUUGAGAGCCCAAUUGUCAAUUAUUUACUAAACUCAAUGCAGCAUGUGUAACAAAUUGAUUGUACUAGUGCAUAAACACCACCCUCAUAUAGAGGUAAUACUAAUAGGCAAUGAUAGUAACCCCUAAUGAUGUUAGGCCUUGGUAUGUCCCACAUCAUGAGGGGGUGUGCAUUUAAUAUUUUAUUCUGUUUUAUUUUUGAAUUGUUAUCAAUUAUCCCAAAGAUUAUUAGUACAGUAAUAAUUAAUUGUAAAGUAACAGAAACCAUUAGUGCUGUAGGAAAAGAGCUCCCUCUUUAGUUUGCUCUUUUGUGCUGUGAAAAUUUUGUGUAAAUAUUUCCCUAUUCUAUACUAUUAUUACAUAUAUUUCAACUUAGCUAAAUGGAUUGCAUAUGUCAUGUCACAUGAAUGAGUCCAGCCACAGAUUAGUUGGCCAAUAUUAUUAUCCUUCUGGAUUUUUUAGACUAAUAAAGUGUAUGUAAUCAAGAGAGGGCUCUGUAUAAAUUAAUCAAUAGUUGUAAUACCUAUUGCUCUUCUGUCACAUGUAGUUAGGCGUACAUUGUAGUCAUAAGGUUAUCUUUAAGGACCACAUAAAUGGAUAUGAUUUGAAUACACAUUUGCAUAUUUUAGUUACUUUGGGUCUGAGACUUAUCAGUUAGCUGCGUCCUUAAGGUUU